UUUAUUGAUAACGAACGUAGCGAGAAAAUCCACAUCUUGUGAUGUUAAAUUAAACAAAACUUAAUGAGAAAGUUAAUGUUACGAGGUUAAUUCACGUCUCUCGCGGUAGGUCUCGAUACAAAGUUUAUCGCGUCGAAAAAACACGUGCAAAGUCGGAAGAGAAAUUUGCAGCACCGGUAAUUGAUUAUUUCAAUAAUCUCAUUAGUUUGAUGUACGAUUCGCCGUUUUUAUUUUUUUUUUUUUUUUAUUCCAUUAAUGACGUAAAACAAAAUGUUUAUAAAACAUUUUAAGAUUCAAUGCAAAUGCUUUAUGUAUGUCGUGGCAAUUCAGAGAGAAGAAUCGCGCAAAAAUAUUUCAUGUUUUUCAAACGUUACCGGAACAUAUCGCGUGUCACGUCGAAUGUUUGAUGUACUACGAGCGAUAGUUUACACAAUGUCUUUCUUUUUUUUUUUUUUUUAAUGUGUAAAUUCGUGCUUGUUUUGUUUGUCGAGUUUUGUAUGUUCGAGUUUUUGAAGUAAACACACCUACGUAAAAAAAUAUGCUUGCAUUAGAACUUCCCGCGUUAAUUUUCUAUAACAAUAUAUGUAUGUUAUUGUUAUAUGGUGUUUGAGAAUAUAUAGAUUUGAUACUUGCAAUGCUUUCGCGAUGUGUUGUGAGAAUUCCUGAAAAUGGUUUUCGAGUUUUUAUUGCGUUAGUGUCAUUUUCAUACGGAGACGUGAACAUUUCAGUUCGCUAAGAUUUUUAAUUAAAAUCAGUCUGAUACUACAGUAUCGUUGAUAUAAAACUGACACACCAACACAGGUCAAACUCUCGACGACCAUUUUUCACGAAUAUAUAGAUUAGCAAUCGGGUUCGAGUUAAGGCGCGUUUGCACGUUUCGAUUUUAAAUGAAAGCAAAUUGAACAAGCGCAUAUACAUUUGUUUCAUGUAGGUGAAAAUAAUGUAAAGAGUAAAACAAAUUAAAUAAAUGUAUAAAUAAGAUGAAUUGUUGUGAGGUGUGACCUCCGGCUCUUAUUGGUAAUUCCAAUACAAUAUUUUUAUAUUGUAAAUGUAUAAAUAUUUUUUAUAAACAUUUCACUUAGAUAAACUAGUAUUUAUGUUGUUCAAUUAGCUUUUAAUUGUUAGUCAACUAAUAGUUUUGAUCAACAAAAAUCGAAUCGUGUGAAACACACUCCUAAGAUCUCAUACUCGAGUGAAUUGUUCGCGAGUUACAUGUUGUAACAGCUUGCCUAGGUGUAUAUAAAUGUAAAGGGGUGUACGCAUAUUGAAGUUAUGUACACGUUCGUAUUUUGUGUGAUAUUUUAGAAAAAACACAAACAGGCUCGUGAGAACAAAAACCCGCGAAACAACGACGCCUUUAAUUAAUUGACGCUUGUCAGAGAUGCGAAUAAGCCGAUUGUUCGAAUAUUUUUUAAAUGUAAAAGAAUAUCACUUGAAACAUUACGCGUAUGUAAAACAUUGUGUUUUUGAUUUCCGAAGUUAUUCACGUUAAAAUUCGACUGACAACCAAACAAUUGAGUUUGUUAGUUUAAUUGAAUAUAUCUUGUUGCGUGUGUAUUUGAGAGAGAUUUAUAUUAUAAUUCGCACCGGCGCAAAAAAAAAAAAAAAAAACGCACAACCAAGAAAAGGCAACCAAAGAGAGACUUGUCGGACCUUAAAAUGAGACACGGGGGACCAUAAAAAAAAAACAAAAACGUGUGAACUUAAUUAAGAGAUAGCGUUCAGAGCUCACGCGGCGAUCGGUAUAUAAAGCCGUAUCUCGAUCUAUUUCGUGCAUACAAUUGUUAUGUGAGACUGUGACAGAUUUGUUAGUCAAUAAGAAUAAUCACUCAUAUAUAUAUAUAUUAUUGAGCGUGUUUCCAACUUUCAUGUGGCAAUUUUCAAAACGCGCAAUUUAUGCAAAACCAACCUAUCUUAUUGCAUAAGUCAAGCGAUGAACAAGCCUUAUGUGAAAGUGGCGAAUUAAUCGCAUAAUGAGAAACACUGGAUACAUACACUUCCGCGUUAUAUACACGUUUAUAUUUAUUAUUACAGUAUAUUCGACAGCUCUCGUAAGCUAGGACUCGCAUCUCAUCGAUUGAUUCUAACUGUAUGUCUAUUCGACGCUCAAAAAGGCAGGUGCAUUUAGAGAAACGAGAGAGAUGCGGAUCUAAAAAUCCUUCCAGGAAUACGGAUAAAAUGCCUACUCAUAACGGAUGCUUCAAAAAUCUUUUAUCGUAAAAAUAUCUAUAUCUCCUCCUGUUUAUCAAGAAAAAUUUGCGUACUUAUCUUUAAAAAUCACUCCGUAUACUUAACAUUUUCGUGCGCAACGUGUGUAAUAAUUGAUGUAUAUAAUAAUUAAUGUGUUUUGUUUUUUUAGUUUUCAAUUUGCCGUGUAAUUAAGUUUUCACUGAAACAAGACUACAUGAUGAAAUUUAAUUUUUAAAAGAAUGAAUGUAUUAUAUAUCGAACAGUUAAUUAACAUUUUUGAUGCGAACUGCUAUCAGUAGACAUUUUCCGGAUUGUUACGGGUAUAUAUAUAAAUAUUACAUCACAUGUAUAAUUAUCGUAAAUUGUGUAAAAAUGGUUAUACAUAUAUACAUACAGACGCGUUUCACGCGCGUCACGAUAUAUAUAUACUUUAUCACAGAUUGCACAAGAUAUUUUGUAUCCUAUACUAGACACACACUGUUUCUAAAUCUCUCGCUGUGAAAAAUUAUAUAGCAUUUACACAUUCUCUCUUACUUAUAUAUGCCGACUUAAAUAUAGAUUGUAUAAUUACGCCACCUAAGAUAGAUUACUAUAUUUCCGAUAAUUAGACGUACUCCGAUAAAUCUCUGCACUCGAUAUCGCGACCAAAACUUCUUGUGAUGCUCAAUUGAGGCAUUAGUAGCUAAAUAGUCUUUGAUUUUACUCGACAAUCAAUUUAUCGAGCGAUCAACAUAAAUAUUGUUUUUAUAAUUGUUUUCUCUCUCUCUCUCUCUUUCUUUCUAUUUUUCUCUAUCUCUCUAUUUUCUCUUUCUCUCUUUCUCAGUCACUCACUUAUUCUUGUUUUAUUACGCGCGCUAUAUACGAUAAAUUAUAUAGGUAAAAUACACAGUUUUAAGUGAUUUGUAAACUUAUGCUAUUCAAAGGCGGAAGUUACUCUUCGAUUCUUACGAUUGUAGUCAAAUUAUAUAUUUACAUAGUAAACUAUUAACUUUCAUAUGUCAGCACGAAUUGCGCACAAAAUAUCCGAACUAACGGACAAGAUAUGCAGCUUCAAAAAGCAAUUCUGCACGUUUUAAAUAUAAAAGAAUUUUCGCAAAAAAGUUAUUACACUAUCUAUAGUCGCUCUUGUACAAUGACUUUCCACAAAAUCCGCUUUUUGCUUAUUUAUGGUCAGUUCCGACCAACAAUGAUUCGGAAAGGGACAAAUCUUCUUACACAUAUAGUGAACAAGUGCUUGUCUUAAUACACGUGUAUUGUCCUUUUUAACUUUUUCCCAUUAACGUUUUACCUACUUAAAAUUUGGCUCAACUAAUAUACUUUUUGUGAUUUAUCUUUACGAGUGCUACUUCCCUCUGUCUCGUAUUUCGAUAUAUCGAGUCACAAUUCCCACGCAGGCUCCCACAUACAAAUUUAUAAUUAAUUAAAAAGUCGCUAAUUGAAACGUCGUCUUCGAUAUGCAUAAAUCUCUCCUUUUAUCAUCGGAUUAAUACCGCGGAUAUGAACGCCGAACCGACUGGACACAUUUUUUCAAUCGAUCGUAUUUUACAUGUAUUAAUACCAGCUACAACUAAAAAAGAUUCGAUUGUUCACAGAUGAUUGGUAAAUCUAAUCUCGUAAAAAUGUGGGAGAGAUUUCGUGGAAAGACGCGCAAGCGUGCGUUUCCUUUUCCUUCCUUCAACAAUGAUAAUCUAAGUGUUCGAACAUAAAAUGCAAGGUCAGAUUUUUUUAACGAUAAUACAUAUAACUAGGCCGUGAUCUUGUACAAAGGAAUUUAAACUAUUAGAAAACAAAUUGUAUUAAUGACCGCCAGUGAUCCAUAGGUAAACGUAAUGAACUUGCCGUUUUACGCCCGGUUCUUAUUGUAAAUUUACACUGUAUGAAUAUAUAUAUAAUAUAUAUAUAUAUUUUACUCUCGUGUACAUUCUAUUAUCUAAAGAUGUGCCGUUUUUGUCAAAUAAAUCACGCAUUCCGAUGAUCACACACAUGACGAUCGGAAGCGAAAAAUCACACAUCCAACACGUGUUUGAUUUUCUUCCAAAAAAAUGUUCAAAAUUCGUCUGUCAACUUUCUGCGACGCCUUGACCCGUCGUAAAAAUCGGGGACUAAUAUCGUUUCAACGAAGAGGCCGCGAAGCAAGCUAUGCGUGCCACGACUGUCAAUUCCAUUGAGCAACUGUUGGUGGUUCUUUCGCACAGAGGCGGCAGGCGAAAGACAAUAUAACCCAUGAAAGCCAAUCAAUCGUGGUGCGCACUUACGUUCUUGCUAGGCGCAUGAAAGUAUAAAGGGGUUUUGAAAUCGAAGAGGACCUUCAGUCGAUCGCGCAUAACAACUGAAGAAGCCCAAUAUAAAUUAUCGGAAAAAGUAUGAAGCUCUUAAGAUACUGCCUUCUUUGCCUUUUCGUUAUGAGAGUGCAAUCAAAGCCGCAGAUAACUAAGUUGUUACCAGUGGAAGGUCUAGCGACGUAUCAGAAACAAUUAAGUAACGUUACAAAACCGUUGGAGAAGUUUUUCGGAAAACUACGCGCAACGUAUAACUUUGUUUUCCAACAACCCGACAAUACCAGCUAUAUAGAGAAGAUUCUGGGGAAGGGCGUGCCGAAUCCCGAUCUGCAAUCUCUGAGAAUCAUCUGGACCGACACAACGAGGACAGAUAAUUACACGAAUCUCAAAUAUCCGAAUAACACUUUGCUCGAUCAAGUAAAGUCGUUGUCCGUGUUGCAGAAUCGCGAGAAUAAGACGACUUCGAGCAGUUUCGAGAACAAUUCAACUGAGGUAAAAUCGACGAUCAAAAUAAACGCAACGAAGAACGCGAACCGUACGAGCUCUAGCGAAAAGAGCGCCAACAAAAUAAAAACGCUGCCUACUAACGACGACUUGUUCAACGAUAUUGAACCCUUAGAUCAAUUAGAGCUGCAAGAUGAAUUAGAUGACAAAAAUGAGGUGGAAAUCGUGACACCCAGACCGACUUUUCAAUUUUCGACGACAUUGGGCAACCAUUUGGCCGAAUGGCUUGGGUCCUUCUUAAGCCUUACUUCUGGCAUCUACGCGAAAUUAACGGGCGUUGUUUGUGGAAAAUAGAAGACCCCGUUUCUUUCGCACUGACAAGUCGUUAAUUUCGAAUUUCUUUGAUGUGAUCAAGUUCAUUCUCGCGCAAAGCGCACACAGUUUAUUGUCGGGAGAUACGCACAAAAAAAGUUCAGCCGAACAUAUAAUUUCCGUAUUAAGUUCAAGAUAGGGUAGUAUUUCGUUACACAACGUUAUGUAAGACUGUAAAACGGUAUUUUUUCUUACGGUUCAGUUGUGAGAAGCGUGAUUGAAGUAGUCUUUUGUAUUACAGAUGUUUUAUUCAAAAAUAUUUCGAUUUGAAAAAUACAUGUCUCAUGUCGCAUUUGUUUGUUUUUUUUUUUGUUAUUAUUACUAUACAAUAACUUGAAUGACAUUUUGAGUAAAUGCACGACGGAGUCUCAUAAUGCACAUUUUGAUAAAACAUCGCACAAUACUGUCUCAUGAUUGUUAAUAAUAUUUAUCUUGUCACAUGUCUGGCGUAAGACGUUGCGUCUUUCGAUUCACCAUAUGUAAAACAUCUCGUUAUCUCGUGAAUUAAAAGCAUUGAUGAGAACAAUCAUCGAUCUAUGCGCGUUUAAAAGAAAAUGUACAACAUAUUAUCGCUUUUUUUUUUUUAUUUCCAUAACCAAAUUCGUCAUUUGAUCUAAAA